GUUUGUCGGCUUAAUUUGUGCAACUGAAACCCAAUUAACGAGGAAAAAAAAACGUUUCCCCUUCUUUUCUCCUCGUCAUGGCUGAAAGACAAAGCAAGGCACUCCAAGUUCGUCAUGAGCGCAUGCUCAACGAAUUGUCGAAACUACCGGGCAAUGAGUUCUGUGCCGAUUGUCGAGCUAAAAAUCCUCGAUGGAUAUCAUAUACUUUGGGCAUCUUUCUUUGUAUUCGAUGCGCGGGGAUUCAUCGAAAGAUGGGCACCCACAUCUCCCGAGUGAAAUCCAUGACCAUGGACACCUGGACUGCCGAUCAAAUCGAGAUGCUACGCAAGGCAGGUGGGAACAAUCAGGUCAACAGCAAAGUGAAUCCGCAUCCCGAAAAGCAUCCUUUGCCAUUCGCCGACGAAGGAGAACAUAGCAUGGAAAAGUAUAUUCGCAGUAAAUGGGAGAAACGUUUAUUCAUGGAAGAACCGGCGCUUCCGCCAAGAUCGAAUACUUUGGAAGUGCGAAGCAAUGUCCAUGAUAUCCCCAAACGAUCGUCGUCCGUUCCUGUGAUUUUUCGAGACAAAGACCGUGGCUAUGCCGACGGUUUGAGCAAGCUUCGAGAAAUGGGUUUCGUAGACACCGAGCGCAACCAGCAAGUGUUGAUGCAAACCCAAGGCGAUGUGGCCGCGGCCGUGCAAGUGUUGUCACGCACCUCCACAACAAAUCGGACAAACUCAGCCGAGCAUUUAACAGAUGAGCAGAAAAUGGCCCACUUGUGUGGCAUGGGAUUUUCAGAUAUCGCGUCGAUUCGUGAUGCGCUUCGUCGUUCAGCCGGUAAUGUCGAAGUGGCUGCCAGUCUCUUACAGGAUGCGCAGAAAAAGCCUGCCAUCACUGGGUCUGCGGAGAACAUGUUUUCUGUUGCUGCUCCUGCUCCCCCUUCACGAGAGCUUGCUGGCCGAGCUCAGACAAUCUCCGAACGGCAAUCGGCUGUUUUAGCAGGCGCUAAAACGGCCAACCUCUUGGAUGUGGAUACACCACCGGCAGGUGGUCCUCAAACGUCGUUUUAUGCUGCACCGUCAUCGGGCAAUGGGCUGUCCCCUGCUAAUCCGUUCACUUCGAUGCAACCCAAUCCACCUCAAUUUCAAGCACAGCCAUUAACGCAGCAACCAAUGUCUGGAUUUUUCAACAAUCCACCCAAUUCAUCUUCGCUCAGCCUUCAGCCGCAAUUCACAGGCGUUCAGCCUUUGUACAACCUUCAACCAACAAUUCAUGUCACUGGUUCCAACCCGUUCUCGCAGUUGACGCCCACUGUCUCGGCCCCGGCAGCGGCCAAUCUAUUCACCUCGUCACCGUUCCACGCAGCAUCCCAACCGUUGACAUCCUUGCCACAGCAACAGGUACCGCCACCAUCACAACAACAGCCAUUAUCUUCGUCUCCCUUUUCGUUCACUUCACAGCCAUUACACACCGGUGCCUCCUAUUCUCCUGCUAUGGGAUCGCAAGCACCACCGCCGGCUCAGCAAGCAUACCCAUUCCAUUCCCCUCAGCCUGCGUCUCACAGUCCUGCGGCGGGUUUUAAUAGUAAUUUUGCGGCCGUGCCUGGAUUCCCUACGGCGAAUAAUUCAAGUAACAAUCCGUGGGCCACUGGAUCCUUUUUUUAGAAAAAUAAAACAAAAUAGGACGUUUGACCAAAUUUGGGCUUCACUCUCCUUUUCUUUCAAUUUUUUUCCCUUCUUUUUUUUUGCGUCCGUUUUACCGUCCAGCUGCUUCAUGUCGAACCCAAUAGUAG